CCGUUAUCUGCGAUAAGAUCCCCCGCAGCCCGAAAAAUUCCCCUCGAAUUUUUUCCCCUUUCUCCCUCCCACCAACACACGUCAAAACCUCUCCCAAGUUCACCAUUCAGCCUCCCUUUCCAACCCUUAACCCUCGAGUCCUUUCGCAGCUGCUGCGACAAGGCAGGGUCUCUCUCCCUGCACCCAGCAGCAUGGCCGACCCGACCGCAGCGGCCGCCCCCGUCGAGGAAGCGCCCAAGGAAGAACAGGCCACCUCCAGCAUCACCACGACGAAUACCACGGCGUCGAGCAAAAAGAAUUGGCCGGCACCGUAUUACUACGAGAAGGGGCUUCGGCGCGUCAAGCCGUACCACUUCACUUAUAAUACCUUCUGCAAGGAACGGUGGCGCAACCGCGAGCUGGUGGACAUCUUUAUUUCUGAAUUCAGGGAUCGGCCGCCGGAGUAUUACAGGCAAGCGCUUAUCGACGGCAAGGUUACCGUGGACAAGAAAGCCGUGGGCCCGCACCACGUCGUCAAGAAUGGUGAGGUCAUCUCGCACACGCUGCAUCGCCAUGAACCCCCUGUCACGGCCAACGAGAUCGGCAUCAUCCACGAAGACGACGACCUGAUGGUCAUUGAUAAGCCGGCCGGCGUGCCGGUUCACUCGGCCGGUCGGUACCACUAUAACUCGAUCAUUGAGAUCCUGCGUGCACAGUAUGGCAUCGACUGGACGCCGAGGCCCUGUAAUCGGUUGGAUCGGUUGACGUCCGGAGUGAUGUUUAUCGGGAAGCAUGCGAAGGGGGCGGAGAAGAUGGCGGGCAAGCUGAAGCAGCGCACCGUGCAGAAGGAGUACGUGGCGCGCGUGAAGGGGAAGUUCCCGGACGGCGUGGUCAUCUGUGAUCAGCCGAUCAUGUCGGUGAGCCCGAAGGUCGGGUUGAAUCGCGUUCGGGCCACCGGUAAGGAGGCGACGACGAAGUUCCGACGGUUGGCGUAUUAUCCGCCGCCGACGCAGGAGGAGCUCGCUGGCACUGCCUCGUCUGGUGGUGAUUCAGCGGAUGGCGAGCGACCCGCGACACCGCCGCCGAUGCUGUCGAACGAGACGGAGGGCUACAGCGUCGUGCAUUGCCUGCCGUUGACGGGCCGUACGCAUCAGAUCCGCGUGCAUCUGCAGUUCCUGGGCCACCCGAUCACCAACGACCCGAUCUACUCGAACCGGCGCGUGUUCGGCCCCGAGCUGGGCAAGAUGGAAGACGGCUCGGAGCGCGACGCCGAGAUCAUCGAGCGGCUAAACACGAUGGGAAAGACCGAGACGCCGGACACCGUCAGCUACAAGACGCAUUUCACCGCCGCGCCCAUGGUGCCGCCGGGCACCGACUCCUCCGUCGUCGAGAAGAUCAUGUCCAAGGAACACGAGGACGCCGUGGCCCGGUAUCACCAGCGCAAAGGGGAGCUGCUCUCCGGCGAGACCUGCGACGUCUGCGGCACCGAACUCUACACCGACCCCGGGCUGCACGACCUGGGCAUCUUCCUGCAUGCGGUGGCCUACUCGGACAACGAGGGCGAGUGGAAAUAUCGCAGUAAGAUGCCACAGUGGGGUUUGCCGCCGGCGGGUUUUGAUGGGCCGCGCGAAGUCCCCGACUGGAUUCCGGUGCCUCCUGAAGAGGAGGUGGUUAUCGGACAUGGCACGAUUCCGGAGGGAUUAGACGGCGAGGAGCCAAAUGUGCCGGCUCUAGUGAGAGGCGUGGGCUUGGUGGAUCUUUCAUCAGCGAGACAACAGCAGCAGCAGCAGCAGGCAGAGCAGGGAGUUUAAGAAUCGUAGGGAAGGGGUUUUUGAAUUUCAAGAAUUUCCCCAUCCCUCACCCACAAUCGCAGUACGCAGUAGACAAUAAUCAAAAAGCAAAACACAACCAAACAUAAGACAGCUGCCACACGCCCGCCGCGUCUACGGCCCCCCCCCUGGAGUUCCGUGUAAUACGCAGAUUUGCAAGUCAAGUAUAGGUACGAAUGGCAUGACACUUGGAGAGCUACAGAC